CAAUUUAGUAAUUUAAAAUAUUGUAUUUGAGUAAAUAAAAAAAAAUAUGAAUUAUCGAAAUGCUAGAAGCACUAUUUAUAACGUACAUAUACAUAUCUUCUUAAACCACUAACCACUCUGCCUUGUCCCUUUCGUUUUCCAGAUCUGCUUCUCCCACAGACACCCACAGAGACUAGAUUUUACUUUUCAGAAAGGAGUUGUAAGACAUGGGUCGUGGAAAUAGCAGCGGUGGUGGUCAAAGUUCACUGGGUUACCUUUUUGGAAGUGGAGAGGCCCCAAAACCAGCAACAACUAAUGCCCAACCUCCUGCAGUGCAUGUAGAUGAUGCACCCCCUUCAAAACCAGCAGCUGCUCCUACAGCAAUAGACCCAAACAAACCUGCUGGUAUCAAUAGUAAUUCUAUUGAUGGACUGAACACCGGCAACUUCAUCACGGACCGACCCUCUACCAAGGUUCAUGCUGCCCCUGGUGGUGGCUCUUCUCUGGGUUAUCUAUUUGGUGGCGGUCCUGGAGAUGGAAAAUGAUCCUGUGUUUGAGAACCUUUUCUUGAGAAUAAUCUCUUUUAAAUUUCAAGCUGUGUGAACAAAAUGGGUGAUGUAUUAUAGGUUAUGGUUGUUGGGAUAAGUUGAUCAAGAGUGUUAUAUUUUAGAUGUGCUUAACAUCAAUUACAGAGCUGUGUUUGUCAAACAAGUUUGAUUAUCAAUUCAACAUUUGGUUUCAGUUUUGUA